GCCGUUGUUUUCUCCGACGGGCACGAUGGCUAACCAGCUGUUGGUCAUUCUGCUCUUCGCUUUUCUGUCAAGACUCCUGGAGGCAGAAAAAAGCGUAUUCUUAGGGGACAAACCUGCCAAUAAAUUUUUGAACAGAGCAAGACGGGCCAAUUCACCAUUUGAGGAGUUUAAGCAAGGAAAUCUUGAGAGAGAGUGUUACGAGGAGAGGUGCUCAAAAGAAGAAGCCAGAGAGGUCUACGAAAAUCAAGAGCAAACAGAGGAAUUCUGGAAUAUAUAUUUUGAUGGGAACCAAUGUGAGCCUAACCCUUGCCAUUAUGGUGGAACGUGCAAAGAUGGAAUCGGUAAAUACACCUGCAUGUGUUUAGAUGGAUAUCAUGGCUCCAAAUGUGAAUCAGUCAUCCAAAAGUAUUGCAAACUAAACAAUGGUGGAUGUCACCACUUCUGCACCCUCGUGGAAAACACUGUUGUGUGCUCUUGCGCUGAUGGGUACAUUCUGGGGGAAGAUGGAAGUUCCUGUGUCGCUACAGGAAGUUUUCCCUGUGGUCAAAUAACAGUGAAAAAGGAAGGACCAAAGAAAAAGAGGGAAGCAAGAUCUUUUGGAGAUAUAAUGGGUGUUUCCCAUGACUAUGACAAGGAAUGGACUUAUGAUGAUUCAUUGGGUGACCAGAAUUUCACCACCCCUAGCCCCUCCCUACGCUCCCAGGAUGAAGACUUGCUCAACAGUACGCAGAAUAACUCUAACUCAAAAACAGAUAUUGAACCUGAUGAGAUUGAACCUGACGUGAGAAUAGUUGGCGGAUAUGAUUGUAAGCCGGGUGAAUGUCCAUGGCAGGCACUUCUAAUAAAUGAAGACAAUGAAGGGUUUUGCGGAGGAACAGUUCUGAACCAGUUUUAUGUGCUCACUGCAGCUCAUUGUAUAAACCAGACAAAAUUAAUUAAAGUUGUUUUAGGGGAAGUGGACACAGCUGCAAGAGAAAGAACCGGAACUCUUUACACUGUGGAAAAAAUAUUAGUGCAUCACAGAUUUGUACUGAAAACGUAUGACUACGAUAUAGCCCUCAUCAAGCUGAAGAGACCUAUCCAGUUUUCUGAAAACGUGACCGCCGCAUGCCUUCCCACUCCGGACUUUGCGAAUCAAAUCCUAAUGGCUCAAGAGAAAGGCACCGUUAGCGGUUUCGGGCGCAUCCACGAGAAAGGUCGCCAGUCCGCCAGGCUUCAAGCUGUUGACCUACCCUACGUUGAUAGGAAUACCUGCAAGCUGUCAAGCAAUUUUCCAAUCACUGAAAAUAUGUUCUGUGCUGGCUAUAAUACAGCUGCGCAAGAUGCAUGUCAGGGGGACAGUGGAGGGCCUCACGUGACUAAAUACAGGGGCACUUAUUUUGUCACUGGCGUAGUCAGUUGGGGAGAAGGAUGCGCAAGAACAGGAAAAUACGGGGUUUAUACAAAAGUGUCAAAAUUCAUAGUUUGGAUCAAGAGAAUUAUGGCUCGAACCAUGCAUAACAGUGUUGCAUGAACUGGGC